CACAAGUCCAACGGAAGGUACGCCGUAAUUGCCGUGAAGGACUGUUGGUGGUGCUAGAGGCACCUGGUAUUGUUGCAGGGCCCCGGCUGAUCUUGGCCUGCACAGUAUAGGGGGGUGACGAGGAUAUAAGUUGGGUGUAAGGUGUGCAUUUCAAACAGAUUCCAACGGACGUUUGUUUCGGGUUGGUCACGCCAGAGAGGUGUCUGUGACGGCGAUUAUACUGUGCCUGAUUCAUUCAGCUGAUAGGACCCGAAAAACAUGACGGAGAGCUCGUCGGCGAACUCUCUGUUCGACUACCCUCGACAAUGGUCACGUCAGCCCCCGUCGUUGCGCGCCCCCUUGGGCCGUGCGAGAUAUACUCCUCUUCAAGACACGCACUCGGUUUCUACAAAUGCGUCGCGAACACGUGCCGGUACUCGGUCCCGCUGGCACAACUCGGAGGACAACAAGCCAUCCGUGCCGUGCUGCAGGCUGCCGUUGCCCGUGUCGUCCUCGCCGUCCCAUCCUUGAGUGUUGGCAUUGCUGGUCAAGACACGUCCAAGCCGCACUUCAUCCAAUUGCCGUCCAUAGAUCUUGACAACCACAUCGAAUGGUUGGCGCGGCCUAGCGCGGAGCCCGAGGUCCAGGACGCUAGCCUGCUCAGCAUCCUGGAAGACCGACAUGACCGGCUCUGGCCGGAUAUAGAGCGCCAACCACCGUGGAAGCUGACGGUUGUCGUCUGGGACGACGUGCCACAGCCUGGAUCGUUGGAAGUCGAUAUAGUGUUUGCGGUGCACCACGCAAUUGCGGACGGGCGAAGCACCGGGGCGUUCCAUACCAGACUCCUCAACGAGCUCAACCAUCCGUCAGGACCGCCGGCGCAGCUUUCUGGCCCUAUCCUUGACACGACGGAAGUCUGCGGGCUCACUCCCCCCCAAGAGGAGCUAGUCAGGUUCUCGCUGUCUUGGAGCUUUGUGCUCCGAACCCUGUGGGGUGCACUUGGCCCCACCUGGCUUCAAGGGCGCCAGCCCCCGGCCCCCUGGACGGGGAAAGUCAUCACUCGCGAGCCGUGCCGAACGAAAUUACGGCUCGUCACAGUCCCCGCGGUCGCCGUGCCGCGUAUCCUCGCUGCCUGCAGGGCGCACCAGACGACGCUUACCCCGCUGCUUCACGCUCUGGUCCUGGUCUCUCUAGCUAGGCACGUCCCUCGCGAACAGGCCCAGGCGUUCAGCAGCUCGACUCCCAUUGACCUACGGCCGUUCGUGGAAACCGCGUCUCAGGCCGGCCGGUCGACAUGGGGUGUCCUUGUUACAACACGGUCUGACACGUUUGACGCAUCCACCAUCGCCACGAUGCGGGACGGACCCUCCGAGGACGAGAUCUGGAAGAUUGCAGCAGACUUGCGACGCAGCAUGAAGCGGCACCUGGACAAUGUGCCAAACGACGACAUCAUGGGCAUGCUUAGUUGGGUGGGCAACUGGCGGCAAUACUGGCUCGCCAAGGUGGGCAAGCCACGGGAGGCCACGUGGGAGGUGUCCAACAUCGGCGUGAUAGAUGGCGGCCUCGAGCAGAGUCAAGAAGCGACUGAGGGCUGGAAAAUCCAGCGGUCUAUCAUGUCGCAGGGUGCCACAGUCGCCGGUGCUGCUGUCAGCAUCAACGCUGCCGGAGUAGCAGGGGGUGAGAUCGGCAUUGCGUUGGGCUGGCAAGACGGAAUCGUCGAGACGGAAAUCGUCCACGGCCUGGCAGCGGACCUGCAGCGCUGCCUUGAUCGGUUGGGCCGCGGCCAGAAUCUCAUUGAACAAUAGAUGUGAUAGGGCGGGGGAAGGGAGGGGGAAGAGAAAUCAAGAACAACCUAAUGGAUGGAAGAUCACUGAUAGUUUCGGUCCACAAGUUCUAACCUGGAAGUGUUCCAUACAGUCGCGAGAACAGAUGCCUCCACUGGGUUCCAGUGUCUUGGGAGUGCCAGAACGUCGGUAACAGAGCUUCUUCCAUGGGAUCUGCCAAGCCUUGCCAGAAACCGAAGC